AUGGCAGAUGUAGAUAUUGCCCCGAACUUUGGCCUCGAGCUGAAGGAUGGCUUUAAGACGGCCAAUGCAUGGGUUGCGAAUGGAAUUAUCUGGCUAGACGACAUUCAGUCGUUUUACCGCGAGCGAAGUGUCAUCGAGAAGGAAUACAGCGCGAAGCUUAAUGCCUUAGCAAAGAAAUACUACGAGAAGAAGGCAAAGAAGUCUAGCAGUUUGAGUGUUGGAGACAACCCUUCCAUGACACCUGGGUCUUUGGAAAGUGCUUCUUUAACAACAUGGACCACCCAAAUUACAACUCUCGAGUCCCGGGCCGCGGAGCAUGAUCGAUUUGGAGGAGAGUUGAUAUCACACCUGGCAGACCCUCUUAGAGUCAUUGCGACGCGACACGAAGAGCUUCGGAAACGCCAUGCGGAAUUCGCGGAUAAGCUGGAGAAGGAGCGAGAGUCAACUUACGGCGAUCUGCGAAAAAUGAAAGGGAAAUACGAUGCCACUUGUCAAGAGGUCGAAAACAAGCGGAAGAAGGCCGAGUCUGCCUUUGAUUACUCGAAAUCGAAAGCCCAGAAUGCAUACCAACAACAGAUUCUCGAAAUGCAUAACGUCAAAAAUAGCUACUUAAUUGCUAUCAAUGUAACCAACAAGCAGAAGGAGAAGUACUACCAUGAGUACGUGCCGGAUCUUUUAGACAGUCUACAGGAUCUUUCAGAAUCAAAGACAGCGAAGCUCAACGGUAUAUGGUUAUUAGCAGCGCAACUCGAAUCUGGAAUGUUGAAACGCAGCUCCGACUAUAUUGCCCAUCUUGCCCAAGAGAUCCCCCGAAACUUGCCUCCUCUAGACUCAAUGAUGUUUGUCAGACACAACGCGGGACAGUGGCAAGAACCUGCAAAUAAGGUGUUUGAGCCAAGCCCAGUAUGGCACGAUGACGAUGCUAUGAUCGUGGAUGAUACCGCGAAAGUCUUUCUCCGGAAUGUAUUAGGCAAAUCCAAAAGCCAAUUGGGUGAGCUUAGGAGGGAGGUUGAUACGAAGCGACGAGAAGUGGAAGGCACAAAACGAGUGAAGCAACAAAUCAGAGAAGGUAAAGACAAGAGAGAUGAAGUAGAAGUUGUCGGAUCCAUCUUUCGGUUACAAGAAGAUUUGCAUCAAGUUGAUCACAAGCGAUUGACUGCAGAAGUCGAGACCGAGACUAUUACUGGGGCUGUAGGGGAUGUUACACUCGGGGCAAAGAGUCACAACUUUAAGUCUCAGACUUUCAAGAUACCGACAAACUGUGAUUUGUGCGGAGAACGCAUAUGGGGUCUUUCAGCAAAGGGGUUUGACUGUCGAGAUUGUGGUUACACAUGUCACAGCAAAUGUGAGAUGAAGGUUCCUGCUGAAUGUCCUGGAGAACAAACGAAAGAAGAGAGGAAGAAGCUGAAGCAAGAACGCCAAGAAGCCGCGAAUUUCGGAGUCAAGAGCUCUGGUACACCAUCGGACAGCGUUGCUGAGCUCCCAGAUAUGAGUCGCUCGAACACAAUGACCUCUUUGAGCUCCGGAUACGCCGCAAGUGCCCACCGUUCAGUGUCAGGUCCUGGUCACCUAUCGCCGGCAGAUGAGACUCCUCCCGAAAGACCAGCCUCUUUCAAACCAAACGUUACUGGAUCCAGCACACUAAAGAAGAGUAGAAUCGUUGCUCCUCCACCUACGGCAUACGUUAGUGAAUUACCAGGAAGUCAACCAAAUGGCUCGACGACUUCAAUAGCCACCGAGCAAAAAGGGAGGAUGAUGUAUGCCUACGACGCUAAUGGCGACGGGGAAUUAACAGUCACUGAAGGCAAAGAAGUCACUAUCCUCGAACCAGACGACGGUGGAUGGACCCGUGUAAAGUCAGGCUGGAAAGAAGGUCUUGUCCCCACCGCAUACCUCGAAAUGCUUGCCGCGCCGCCAACACCACGCCCCUCAUCCAUUUACUCCAACUCCGGCUCAUCCGUCGCCGGUUCCGUGCAAGGCAAAAGGCAAGGCCCAGCCGUAGCACCCAAGCGUGGCGCGAAGAAACUCAAAUACGUAGAAGCGCUAUACGAAUACACGGCACAGAGCGAUGCGGAACAUAAUAUGAGCGAGGGCGAACGCUUUGUGUUGAUCAAGGAGGAUCCGGGGGAUGGGUGGGCGGAGGUUGAGAAGGGUGGGCAGAUCAAGAGUGUGCCGGCGAAUUACGUGCAGGCUGUAUAG